AUGGCCAUCCGCGCCGCCUCUGUGCUGCUCCUGCUGGCGUCCGCGCAGGCCGCUGUGACGCACACCAGGUUCGUGUGCGGCCAGCAGACGCAGAUCUUCACCUCGACCUCCGCGAACGCUGCGGGUACCGCCGAGUUCUCGGAGAUCACCACGGAGGACGGCAAGUGCAACAUGAUCCAGAAUGCCAAUGUUGCCUCUGUCAAGUUCUGCGGCCCAGGCAAGCUGACACUUUCGCGAAUGACCUGCAGCGAGCACCACGACUACAAGGCACAGAUCGUCGAGCACAGCGCGAGCGACUACACGACCAAUUGCGAGGUCAUCAGCACGGCGGGCACCGUCGUCGACGGCUGGCUCGGCAGCUUCACGCUGAGCUGCUGA